AUGCCCUCGUCGGUACCGCACGUCGACGAGCUCGGCGUCACCUCGGCACCGCUCAAGUCGGCAUCCUUCUUCCUCGGCGAGUACUGCAAGCCCUACAACGAGGACUUCAUGCUGUGCAAGGCGGAGAAUCGGGAUCCUGAACACUGCCUGAAGGAGGGACGGAAAGUGACGCGCUGUGCACAGGACUUGAUUGCCAAGGUCCGGUCGACGUGCUUGAAGGAGUUUGACGCGCACUGGCAAUGCCUGGAGAACAACAACCAGGAGUUCUACCUGUGCCGAAAGGAGGAGAGGGUUUUCAACAACUGCGUGUUUGAGAAGCUGAAGCUGAAGAAGGACAUCCCCGGCUCGCCAGAAGGCAAGCCUCAGAUCCACGAGAAGACGUGGCCCAUCUACGGCGCCAUCCAGAAGUAA